AUGGGUCUCCUGUCGCUCAUCACCGGCAGGCCGGGCGCCAGCGGGUUCGGGUCGGCCUCCACGGCGGAGCAGGUCACCGACGGCGUCGACGCCUCAAACCUCACCGUCGUCAUCACAGGAGGGCCUAGUGGCAUCGGCCUGGAGACGUCGAGGGUCUUGGCCCUGAGGGGAGCCCAUGUCAUCAUCGCGGCGAGGAACACGGAGGCCGCGUCGGAGGCGAAGAAGAGCAUAACGGAGGCGAACCCUGCCGCCCGCGUCGACGUUCUGAAGCUCGACCUCAGCUCCCUCAAGUCCGUCAGGGCCUUCGCCGACCAGUUCAACUCCAUGAACCUCCCUCUCAACAUCCUGAUAAACAAUGCAGGUGUGAUGUUCUGUCCCUUCCAGCUAUCCGAGGAUGGCGUCGAGAUGCAGUUCGCCACCAAUCACCUAGGUCACUUUCUGCUGACCAACCUGCUGCUUGACAACAUGAAAGCCACUGCUGAGUCUACGGGUAUCGAGGGCCGCAUCGUGAACCUGUCAUCGAUCGCCCACGAACAUACCUAUCCGAAGGGGAUUCAGUUCGAUACACUCAAUGACAAGAAAACAUUCGAUAGAAGGUCGGCCUAUGGACAAUCCAAGCUUGCAAACAUACUGCACGCUAAAGAGCUCUCCAGACGGCUCAAGGAGGAAGGAGCUAACAUCACGGUUAAUUCCCUUCAUCCUGGAGUAAUCAUGACCAAUUUGAUGAGGCACUCCUAUGCUGUCAUGAAGGCAAUUCAAGUUGCCACUUGCUUGAUCUGGAAGAAUGUACCCCAGGGAGCAGCAACCACCUGCUAUGUAGGGCUCAGCCAUCAGUUGAAGGGAGUUACAGGCAAAUACUUUGCUGACUGCAACGAGGAGAGGACGAGCAAAUUGGCAGAGAGCGACGUCUUGGCGAAGCAACUCUGGGAAUUCAGCGAAGAGCUGGUCAAGUCUGCGAGUCAGACCUGA